CCUUAUGAUUCAUUUUGUAGAAGUUGCUUUAAUCUGGGCACUGCCAGCAAUCCUUAUUAAUAAAUUGAUCUUCUACUUGGUUUAUAAGAUUGGUGGAAAUCAUGAAUGUAUAGUGGAUGUAGCCUACUCCAUAAGUCAUUUAGUUGCAGGAAUAGUCUACUUUAUAUUCUCGACAAUAUCAACUCCAGCAAAGAUAGUAAAAAUAUUACAAUAUUUUAAGAUUAAUAUCCUUCUUGUUGCAAUUUGGUCAUUAAGACUUGGUGGGUUCUUGUGUGUAACUAGAGUUUUGGCUGGUUUUAAAGAUGAAAGGUACGAUAAUAUCUUUAGAGAAUACAACGCAGAUAAAUUUAAGAAGGAGGUAAUGGUCCUUGUGUAAUUUAUGUUCUAAGGAUUGAUCGUAUUCGUAACUAGUAUACCAUUAUAUUUUUUGUUUCUCAAUGACCUUACUUGGAAACCAGAAAAUUUCACAGGUUUGAAUGUGCUGAAUUACAUUGCUUUAUCAAUAAUUCCUUUUAGUAUUUGUCUAGAAGCAAUCGCUGGUAAAUUGGAUAUAUAUAUUUUUAGAUAUACAGUUGGAGAAGUUUAAGAAGUAAAAACAAUAGGGAUUGAUACCUAGGGAAGAUUUGUUGGAAAGUGGACUUUGGAGAAAGAGUCGCCAUCCUAAUUUAUUUUUUGACCUAGUUACUUGGUUCUGUUUUGCCUUGGCUGCAAUUAAUGAUGCAAUAAGUUUGUGUGCUCUGAUAGGUCCAAUUGCUUUGUUUUGUGUAAUGGAAUUUCUCACAACUCCGUUAACUGAAGUGCAUAUGAAAAAGAAAAGGGCAGACACUUAUGCUUAAUAUGUUGCUAGAACUAAUAAAUAUUUGGUUAUGUGAUGGUUCUGUGAUGAUCAUUA